AUGGCGGCUCCGGCUGACGCGACAACGAAGGGACAGGCGCUCGCUCUCCUCGCCGCUGCCAAAAACCACGGCGAUUUGGCGGUGAAGCUCUCGUCUCUUAAAGAGGUGAAGGAGAUUUUGCUGUCAUUGGAGCCGUCUUUGUCUGCUGAGAUUUUCCCUUAUCUUAGAGAACUCUGCUUGUCCCCUGAAGUUUUAGUUCGCAGAUCCCUUAUCGAGAUCAUUGAAGAGGUUGGUUUGCGGAUGCUGGAACAUUCUUAUGUUCUAGUGAGUGUCUUAAUACACUUAGUAGGUGACAAUGAUCCAACUGUUGCAGAGAAAUCUAUUUCUACUGGCACAACUUUCUUUCGCAGCAUCUUGGAGAAGAUGGAAACGCAGUUCCAUCACCGUGGUAAAGUUGAUCGUUGGUGUGUGAACCUAUGGACAUUGAUGCUUAUGUUCAAAGAUGCUGUCUUUAACAUUGCAUUGGAUUUGGAGCCUGGUCGUGUAGUAGGGGUGAAAGUUCUUGCUCUAAAGUUUAUGGAGACAUUUAUUUUGCUCAUUACUCCUCAUGCAUCUGAUCCUGAGAAAGUUUCCACUUCCAGCGAAGGAAGUAGACAGAUGAUCAAUAUUUCCUCCCUUGCUGCCGGUCUCCCCAUGCUGAAUCUAACAGGGCUCAUGUCUGAAGUAAAUCAGACACUUGUCCGCUUAGGAUCUUUCUUACAGGCACCUACUCUUAUACAGGAUGCACUGCCGAUAGCCGUUAUUGAUUGUAGCUUAUCUUUCAGUCUUGCAGUGGUAGCAAGGAAGAGGCCUGUCCACUACGACACUGUCCUCUCUGUUCUGGGAUUUCUUAAAUGUACUUCCUCACCGAUAGUAGAGUCAAGAGACUUGCUUUUUAGAGCAUUUCCAGCAAUGGAUCCUGCAGAUAUUUCUGAUCAAGUUGUCCGUGAAGUUGAUGAAUUAUUCAGAGUAAACGAGCAUGCUGCUAAUGAAAAUCGGUCAAGCCAGAUACUGGAAGUGUUUCCUACGCUCUCUUCGCUUCCAAUGCAGCUUCGUGAUCAUCUUCAACAGAUGAUUCAUUGGUUGGAUGAAGCUAUUAUUGGAGAUAUGCUGCCUCAAUAUGAACGUCGUAAUGACAUGCGUCAGGUUUUAGAUAGAGAUAGAAGACAGAGGUGUUUAUUUAAAAGAUUCUCUGAUGAAGACAGAGCUAGGAAUGAAGCUAUUGCCUACCUCUUAGAUCAUCCAGAAGAUGGUCAUCGAUCACAAUCUGAACAAAUUUAUGGCUUCUCCAGAGUACGACGAGCUGUAUGGGUGCGAUGUAGAAUUAAAAAUCAAAUGAAGAUGGGAGUUUUGAUUGAGUUUCUAGAGUCAAGUGUUACAGUUCAGUCAUUAGGUACUGUAUAUAGUGAACUACCUGACGAUGUAGGAGCGGAGGAAAUUCACAAAAUAGUUGUGCUAGAUAUCAGAUUUGGUAACAUAGAUAGGAACUUAGGAAAUCUUUUGGUCCAAGCAGAACCUCGUAAUGGGUCAGCAGCUCACCUAGUUCCAAUUGAUCACGAACUGUCAUUCUUCAAUGAUGCACAUCCCUACAUCACUUGUGGCGCUUGUUGGAUCAAGUGGUUAGAACAGAUUGAUAAAGAUUUUUCUUCGCAGUUGGUAAAUUACGUUGCAGCCCUCGAUCCCGAUAGAGAUUUAGAAUUUCUUCGACAUUGUGGUUGGGAACCGAAUCAAAGGUAUAUUGAAAACUUCACGGUCUUUGCCACAUUCUUGAAGAAAGCUGUUUCUCAAGGGUUGACAGCUCUGCAGAUCGGAUUGUUGGCGUCAUAUAAGUGGGAGGAAGAUUUAGAUUACAACUUGCAUUGUAUUGUUGCUAGUGUUCAAAGGGAAGACAACAAUUUUGUUGAGAGUGUGGGAACACGAAUAGAGCAACGCUUGAGGGAAUUUCAUGAGAACCUACAUGGGAACGCUUGA